AUGAUGCCCAAUAUCGGUGGUCCCAGGGAAAAGAAACGUAGACUAGUGGCGACUGUGAUUCAAUCAAAGCAGCUUUAUGCUGCCCCUGAGAGAUGGGAUGGUGAGUCUAAAGGUAGGUGGACCUACCGCCUGAUUCCCCUCCUCGCCACAUGGUUAGAUAGGAAACACGGUGAAGUUGGCUACUACCUUACACAAGCGUUUUCAGGUCAUGGUUGUUUCGGACAGUAUUUUUAUCGAUUGAAAAUAGAAGCAGAAGCGAGAUGUGUGUAUUGCAACGGUUCGGGUGUCGACAAAGCAAUACACACUGACGACGCAGAGCACACGCUCUUUUUCUGCGGGCACUGGCGUGAACUCAGGCAGGCCAAGUUCUCGGCUGUGGGCACUGAAGUCACAUCCGAGAACAUGGUUUCUAUUAUGUUGCAGAGCGCGGACUCUUGGAGGAGCGUCAAGUCCUUCAUUACAACUGUAAUGAGGACGAAGGAGGACGACAGGAGGAGGUAA